AUGGCAAUUUUAGAAAAAACAACUCAUAGAUUGCCCGAAGGAAGAUUCGAAUGCGGAUUACUAUGGAAAUCCGACGAUGAAACUAUGCCACAAAAUAGAAACAGUGCCUUACGCCGCCUACAAGGCAUAGAAAGAAAACUAAAUAAAAAUGAAGACUUCAAAUUAAAAUAUACUCACCAAAUACAAAAUCUAAUAUCCAAUGGAUAUGCCGAACUAGCCACCACAAAACCCACCUCGCCAAGAACCUGGUACCUGCCACAUUUCGCAGUAAUACAUCCACAAAAGGAAAAAUUAAGAGUCGUGUUCGACGCCGCCGAACGCACAAAUGGCAAAAGUCUAAUCGAUGCCUUACUAUCCGGUCCUGAUUUACUACAAUCCCUCUUCGGCGUGCUGAUAAGGUUCCGCCAAGGCCCGGUAGCCGUCGCAGCCGACAUCAAGGAAAUGUUUCUCAGAAUCGUAAUACGAGAAGAAGACAGAGACAGCUUACGAUUCCUCUGGAAAGAGAACGAAACAGACGCAGAACCUAAAGAAUACAGAAUGAAGUCGCUAAUAUUCGGAGCAACGUCAUCACCCUGUUCAGCUAUAUACGUUAAGAAUCGAAAUGCUCAAGACUUCCAAGAAAAAUAUCCCGAGGCUGUGAAUGCCAUUCAACGUUGUCAUUAUAUGGACGACUAUUUACAAAGCUUCCCAACAGUCGAAGAAGCAAAAAGAACAAGUAAAGAAGUGGACCUCAUACACAAAAGUGGAGGUUUCGAACUAAGAGGAUGGACAUCGAAUUAUCCAUCCACUAUUAACACAAUGGAAAUCAACCAUCCCGACCAUAUUAAUUUGGGAGACCACGAUAAAUAUGGGAAGACAUUGGGCAUGAUAUGGCAAACCAACAACGACGCAUUACGAUUUACUGUCAGCCUUCGCAACACGCCCGAUGACGUCACUAAAGAAACGAGACCACCAACUAAACGCGAAGUCGCAAGCGCUGUCAUGUCAGUAUUCGACCCGCUAGGUUUAGCCACUCCAGUUUUAAUACAAGGAAAAACACUUAUACAGCAACUAUGGCGCACCGGAAUAAAUUGGGACGACCACAUACCCGACACGCUUAGAGACCAUUGGUCAAAAUGGCUCAACAACCUAGCAUGUCUAAAGAAUCUCAACGUUCCACGAUGUACAGAUUCCUGUAACGAGGGGGAACUACAUACCUUCGUAGACGCCAGUGAAACCAUCUAUGCCGCUGCAACAUACUGGAAAACUACUAUGAACAACCAGGUCAGCAUAAAACUAAUAGCAGCAAAAGCCAAGGUGGCCCCACUCAAACCUACCUCUAUACCACGAUUAGAAUUACAAGCCGCAGUGCUUGGCCGCCGUCUAGCAAACAGCAUUCACCAAGAAAUGGACACCAAUAUUAAGAAGAAGUAUUACUGGUCAGACUCUCGAACGGUAUUAGCAUGGAUCAAAUCCGACCCACUCACGUUCAAAACCUUCGUCGCACACAGACUAGCUGAAAUAGAAGAACUCUCAAAAACAUCAGAAUGGAGAUACGUACCCACUAAACAAAACGUAGCUGACGACGCAACUAGAUCGGCACCCCGAAAUUUCGACAGCAACCAUCGAUGGUUCAACGGUCCAGAAUUCCUAAAACUUGACUGCAACGAAUGGCCUCAAGAUCACAGUGAUCGCUCACUACAAGUUACGGGCGAAGAAAAAACACAGACAGUAGCCACGGCGCGUCUCGUUCAACCACCUAUACCAGACGUCAGUCGUUUCUCAUCAUGGACACGUUACCUACGAGCCUCAGCACGCUUCAUACAAAGCGUCGAAGUUUUUAAAACAUUACUAAAUAAACCCGACAAAGUCACCGCCACUAAACGAAUCGUCAAGGAUAAAGCCUGGAAACCGUAUAAAAAACAGAUGACUCAACAAACACCCACGAAUCAAGAACCAACUAUAAAAACCGUGAACAAACUAAUACCAUUAUCAAGAAAAUACAUCAAGCAAGCUGAAACAAUGUUGAUACAACGAAUUCAAAAUGACAGUUUUAAGAAUGAAAUUCAAAACCUUAAAGAUCACAAGAAGUUCGCCAAAGGAUCCCGCCUAAGAAGACUCACCGCCGUUAUAGAAGAUGAUAUAAUGCAUCUCGAAACUCGCCUAUCCGCUGCCAACAACAUAGCGAUUUCCUACAAAAAACCCAUAAUACUCGAUGGAAAACACCCGAGUACACGACUAAUCGUGAACCAUUACCAUCAAGAAUACAAUCACGGUAAUCACAACACGAUUAUGAACGAGAUUCGACAGAAAUACUAUGUGAUAUCCCUUCGAAACACCGUCAAAAGUAUAGCAAGAGAAUGCCAAUGGUGUAGAAUACACAAAGCCGUUCCUAUCACAACACCUUUGGGAGACUUACCGGUGGAACGCCUGCAACACAAACAAUACCCGUUCACCUGCACUGCUGUAGAUUAUUUCGGACCAAUAACCAUAAAAAUUGGCAGAAAAACAGAUAAACGCUGGGUGGCUUUAUAUACAUGCCUCACAACGCGAGCAGUUCAUCUGGAGAUUGCUACAUCCUUGUCAGCAGAUAACAUGAUACUCACACUGCGAAGAAUGAUAGCACGUCGAGGGACACCUAAAACGAUGUUUAGCGACAAUGGAACAAAUUUCAUCGGAGCAAAUAAAGAAAUCAAGACAGCGUUUGAAAAAAUUAUAGAUAAAUCCAAAGAAAAAGGAAUUCAAUGGAAAUUCAUACCUCCAGGAGCUCCACACAUGGGAGGAGCAUGGGAGAGACUAGUGCGAUCAGUUAAAACCGCACUAACCGCAACCCUUAAUACACGACAUCCUCAAGAAGAAAUAUUACAUACAUUACUUCUAGAAGCAGAACACCUCAUAAAUUCAAGACCUAUAACAGAGGUAUCCCUAGAUCCAGAUGACCAAGAAGGUUUAACUCCAAACCACUUUCUGAUUGGAAGAUCAAGCGGGCACCUUCGCAUGGGAGAUUUCACGGACGACGAACUCAUCGGCCCCCCAACAUGGAAAACAUUACAACGCCUCACCGAUCACUUCUGGAAACGCUGGCUCAAUGAAUAUCUACCCACGAUAACACCGCGAUACAACAACAAUCAAAAUGGAUUCAUUAACCCAACCAUCGGCGACAUUGUAAUAAUAAUCGAUAAUUCUCUUCCCCGAGGCACCUGGCCAAGAGGUGAAAUCAUCAAAACCUACCCCGGACCAGACGAAAAAACACGUAUAGUAGACGUGCGCACUACCGCCGGAAUACUAAAGCGACCGGUUUCCCGCCUAGUGAAAAUCGCGCAAUCUUCUUCCUCAACAUGA